GUGACAAUUCAUAUCUUUAUUGUAAGUAACAAUGGCGUUCCCCAGUGGUAAUUGAUACUUCCUGGAUGGUUACGGUAAUUAUUGAUUACGCAAGCUCUUGCCAGGGUCUCUACAUCGUUCCACUGUCGAGAUCAACGUACACUUCGCUCACACAGCAUGCACCACUUCACUAGUGACAAUUAGUUUGUUAGCCGUACCUACACCUAUAACUACGAGUAUUUUGCUCUACUUGUGCUCAAGGGGAUCAUUCAAGGGACCAAUAAUUAUGUCGACAUCGAGGUCCCUUACCUGCAUAUGCUAACAAGGCAGGGACUGCUACACCAUGAUGACAUCAUACCACUAGAGCGGGCGUAAUAUAAUCCUGCACAUCGUCUCAAGAGCUCUAGAGCAGACGCGAGCAAAGAAGAAGUUGAAGCAGACAGAAUGCGUUGGGGUGGCUUGCUAGCAAUUCUAGUCUGUCACCUAGUUUUAAAUUUGGCAAGUUGUCGAGCCGAGGCGAGUAGUUCCAAUGUGAUUAAUGGCGCAUCAGGUUGGCAAACGUUGCCUAAGGUAGGACUAUGGCGUAGGUAUCACGUCACUUUGGAUGUCCGUCUCAAAACGGCCGGCACAAAAUGGAAAACGCCACCUGGAACAACGGGAACUCGCUUUGAAAUCGAUGUCUACAUCACUUCAAUCCAAGGAACUCGCCGCCACCAGCUACGUGUUGACAAACUGAAGGUUUUUGAGUGGACUAGCAAUUCCUACGUAAAGUGUAAUGAGUGCGAGACGAGGUACCAAGAUCUGUUGGCGUUUCCUAGCGAGUUCUGGUGGCAAAAGGGCAAGCUCUGCAUGUCAAGCUGCAGCAAACAGACCGAAAUCGCGUCCAAUUUGCAACGAGCUAUUGUCGAUGCGUUCGCCACGUCGCCCAAGGAGAGAAAACCCACUACACGCUGGAAGAGUAGGGUACAGGAAGGUAUUUUUGGGCUUUGUAAGACCGACGUUAUGGAAUUCCCCGAUAGCCAUAGAGGAUGGGUUGUGCGGAGGCGGCUGCCUCUGGCGCAGUGCAUGGACAAACCCGCGCAAACUUACAGCAACUUCAAAGCUGACGUCAUACAGGGACAACACAAUGAGAUUGCUUCAGACUGGACGACAUCGAAUCAUCACUUUGUGCGAGUGCCCAAUGGGUAUCGACUGCAGAAAGCGGAGAUACGACAAGUCGUAACCACUGGCCCCGUCCGAGCCGUAAUAAAUGUACACUUGAAUUACAACUGGACGGAAAACGCUCCUAAUCUAAAUCGUUGCCAUUCACCUGUUUGUCGUUCUGUGGUUUUCAAAUUUGAGGAUGACGUCAUUAAUCAUGGCUCGAGCGACUGCGACAGGGCUGGAUCGAUUCUUGAGGGAAUAGAAAGAGGAAAGUUGUCAGGAAGCGAGUGGUAUUCGCGACUAGUGGACGCAUUGCGUGGGUGCGGCUGGUCAGACUUGAAGUUGCUGUUUGAUAAAUAUUCGUGGAAAGAGGACGGCAGCAUGAGUGGUGUGUUUCUCGAUGCUUUGCCAUCGGUUGGAACUGGAGCUGCUUUGAAGUUGAUCAAUCACGUUGUCACCAGUGAUGCUAUCAAUCUCGGUUGGUCACAAAAGCAGUGGCUCGUGACUGGUAUAGCGAACAUGCCUCUGGGAUAUUACAACAGUUGCAGUGGCUUGAGUCAGAUGAUGGUUAUUGUGAAGCAUUAUCCACGUGAUGUAGACAUGGUGACAGCCCUUGGGACUCUUACAGGGAAGGUUGUUAGUAGUCCCUGGGACUGCAAGCACGUGAUCCUCGAGGUUGUGCGUUGGCUUAAAGCUCAGCUGUGGGAUCUUCAUGUAGUGGUGACUGAUGAAUAUGAGAAUGAAGGCAAGAGCAAAUGGACCGAAGACGUUCACAGACUAAAGGCAUAUCUAUCAGCACUCGGACGGUCUCUCUGGCCUGAGUCUCUGUCUACUCUUAAGAGCUACAUUGGAAAGGGAAUACCUUUGUCGGUAUCACGGGAAGCUUUGAAAGCAAUGUCGUCUAUAGCCAUGCUUGCGCCUCAACAGGUGAGAGACAUAGUACUGCCUCUUUUUUGGGAUUCGUCUUCAGAGGGGGACGUGAGGAUAGCUGCCUUCAACACGUUUAUGAGCACCAUAAACUGCGACUCUCCUUGGCCAACCGAUGAUCUUGAAACAAUUGCUAACUCGGUUCACUCAGAAAAGAACAGCCAGGUUCAAUCAGCAGUAUAUACGCAUUUGAAAGAAUUGGCAAACACAAGUGAUCCAUCAUUGAAAUGCCGACAACAAGCGGUUGCGGAUGCUGUACAAGAGACGAACAUGCUCGAGAGCUGUCAACACUGUGACUUGGGGUAUCGCUCGUCCAAGACAUCAAUCAGCUAUGGUUCUACUAGUGAUUUUUGGGAGUGGCUUGGAGGUGAACAUUCGGGAACAGAAUCUGUUGGAGCUUCUAUGUGGUCCUCAGUGAUUUAUGGUGAGAACAAGACGUUGCCCAGCAGCUGGACGUGGAAUUUGGCUAUGAACGUGUUUGGGUACAAACUUGACACCCUAGAGCUUCAUGUUUCACUUGAUUUCCUUACUGAAUUUGUAAAGCUUCUGUUCAGUCCUGUUGGCUAUUUCCGUCUAGACAAGACAAAUUUUCAAGCCAGCGGUCUUCCAUUAAAGAAUUUACGCAUGAAUUCCGAGACGACACAAGAUUGGGGAGAAGUGCUUGUCAGGCUGUUUGGUCAGGACAUGACCUGGAAGCUCUUCAAUCGUGAUCACCUAGCUGCUGCAUUGUACGCCAAUCCUUCUCUCAACACACUGAGACAAGCUUUUACAGAGAUGUGGAGCAGUGGCUUUAGCCUCGACAAGUGGAUUGGUGUUUUCAGAGCUUUAGGAAAUACUUUCGAUUAUUUGGUGCACGGAGAAAUAUACAAGGAAAAUCUCAGCUUACGAAGAACGUUCGGUUUGGGUGAGAGGGUAACACGAACAUCGACCAUAGCUGGAGUGCCUCUCGUUGUGACCGUCAAUGGUGCCGUCGACGUGGAUUUAGAUACCGGAGUGAACGUAUCUGCGCCAUGGUUUGGAGCAGGCAUUGUUGUUGAUAGCAACCUGCACACAGGCUUCUCUGCACACAUCCAGGGUAGCGUCUCAUUCGCUGACGGCUGCGUUCGACCUCAAAUUGGCUGGUCUAUGGACUCGAGUGGCAACUGGACGCAUGACAUUAAUGCUCGAGUUAUUUCCAACGACGAGCAACCCAAGAUUAUCAUCACUUACAAUCCGGAGCUACAGAACGGGACAUCAGUGGCACAUUUUAGGACUCGCUGGGUGUCAGUAGCACGAGGGGUAGAAAGAGUUUUGACGUCAGCACCAAGUCGUCAUACGUCGUUGUUUAGUCCCAUUGGAGGUAGGUGGUUGGGUGUCGACUUUCUUACUCCUGUCACCUACACUCCCAGCAGCAGUGGUGUGUUCGGAUCUUUUCUAUGGGCGUCCGCUCCGCUGGACGUUGCCGUCAGAGUGAGGCUUUGGAACGCUUGCAAACCGGCCCGGUACGUCAUUACAGUGUGGAGUGAAUCGGAUGUCAGCUGGGACGCCGGGAGACUGCGCGUCCGAGCGGUCGGAAUGGAUCCACACUUGGAGGCCAACGGGUCUGUUGUGUGGACGACGUCCGGUCGGGACGGGAUCUGGAAAAAACGCGAGAUUGGUGUCUCUGUUUGGACGACUCAAGAAGAGUGGAACGUUUUCAAAUUUAAUGCGACCACGGGAGGAACUUGGAACGCCGAGUUGGUGUGGAAUGGGGACAACCACAUUGCGCAUGCGUACGUAGAGUUGAAGGCAAACGAGUGGCGCGGGAAUGUUUCCUACCAAACGACAUAG